CCAAAACCUCCACUUCUUCCUUUAGCCGCCCGGCGCUAUGGUUCGCAGGGCGAACACAACUGCGUUCUUCGUGUCUCCUCCUUCGAUCCCGCUUCGUUCUCGAAGUUUAACUUUGGGGAUGAGAUUUGUCUCUCACAAUGGACACAAAACAUUCAGCAGAAAUGUUUAAGCAUUUGGAGAAGCAAGGUGAAGUCCUCAUGGAGGCGAAUCGGCCGAUGUCACAUGAGCUACAUCGGCUUCAGAGGAAGAAAUGCUUAUGCAGAAACUGUAUGAGCUCAUGUAUAUAAAAGGCCUGUUAAAAAAGGAAAAGAGAGGAGACAAUGAUUCAAGUAUAGAUGCAAAUAAAUCAAUCUAGACAAAUUGGUACACAGUCUUGGGGAGUCGUUCUUCAUGAUGAUGGUUGGAUUGGAUGAGAUCAAGAAGCUUAACAAAACAUGUAUCUACAUUGCAAUGUUCAACCACAGUGAAAGAGGCUUUAUAGAAACAAAACCAUUUGUCAAAGAGCUAUCCAAAGCAGAUUAAAUCUCGAUAGAAACAGCUACAGCUCAGUGUUUUUACCUUGUUCUGGGAACACAUUUUUUCUUUGUACAUAACAGAGAGAGAGAAAUUUUACUGAGAUCCAACUAUUUUAUGCUAAUAAAGUGAAGUUUAGCACAUUUAUUUGCUCACAAGCAAUUCCACUGACAAGUUAGUCAUCUUGACCAGGAAGGGUGCUUUUAUCCUAAUCCAGGCUUACAAGCUGAGAUCUCUUAUGGGUAAAUUCAUGAAAUGCACAUUGGUCGCUUCAGAACACAAGCUAAUGCAGUUGGAAAUUCAAGCUACUACUGCUCCUGUUGUCGACAUUGGACAUUGGACCAUCUCAAGAUCUUUUGAGUUGACCUGAUCCAUCACUUCCUCAGUUGACCUCGCAAACAAACAAGAGAGUUCUUCCCAAGACUAGACUUGUACAUCUUGUCGUAGAAACCGCGAAGAAGUUUUGAGCUUUUGAGGCCUUUAUUGGAAGCGAGCCCUUCACUCGGGACUUGGCUACAAGUAGCCACUGGAGAAGAGGAGGAAGGGGCCGAGGAGGCAGGAUGGAGAGCUACCUGAACGAGAACUUCGGUGGGGUGAAGUCGAAGAACUCGACGGAGGAGUCGCUCGAGCGAUGGCGGAAGCUCGUCGGCGUCGUCAAGAACCCCAAGCGCCGCUUCCGCUUCACCGCCAACCUCUCCAAGCGCUCCGAGGCCGCCGCCAUGAAGCGCUCGAACCAUGAGAAAUUGCGAGUAGCUGUUUUGGUUUCAAAAGCCGCAUUGCAAUUUAUUCAUGGUAUCGCAUUGCAUAGUGAGUACAUUGUGCCUGAUGAAGUGAAGAAAGCAGGCUUCCAAAUUUGCCCUGAUGAAUUGGGUUCCAUAGUUGAAGGCCAUGAUGUGAAGAAGUUGAAAGUCCAUGGUGGUGUUAAUGGUAUUGCGGACAAACUUUCAACAUCAACAACAAAUGGACUAAUUGCUACAGAGGAGAGUUUGAAACACAGGCAAGAUAUUUAUGGAGUAAAUAAAUUUACUGAAAGCCAGGUUCGGAGUUUUUGGAUAUUUGUUUGGGAAGCACUUCAAGACAUGACUCUCAUAAUUCUUGCUGUGUGUGCUUGUAUAUCCCUUAUUGUUGGCAUUGCCACAGAAGGAUGGCCAAAAGGUGCACAUGAUGGACUUGGCAUUGUGGCUAGCAUACUGUUGGUUGUCUUUGUUACUGCAACUAGUGAUUACCGACAAUCUUUACAGUUCAAAGAUUUGGAUAAGGAGAAGAAGAAGAUAUCUGUACAGGUUACACGUGAUGGCUUCAGACAGAAGAUUUCAAUAUAUGAUCUUCUUCCUGGUGAUCUAGUGCAUCUUGCAAUUGGAGAUCAAGUUCCUGCUGAUGGGUUAUUCAUGUCUGGAUUUUCCUUAUUGAUCAAUGAAUCCAGUUUAACAGGAGAGAGUGAACCUGUCAAUGUGAAUGCUGACAAUCCAUUUCUUUUAUCUGGAACUAAAGUCCAAGAUGGAUCUUGUAAAAUGCUGGUAACUACAGUUGGCAUGAGAUCACAAUGGGGUAAGUUGAUGGCCACCCUUAGUGAAGGAGGAGAUGAUGAAACUCCAUUGCAGGUCAAACUGAACGGAGUUGCCACUAUCAUAGGGAAAAUUGGCUUGGUAUUUGCAGUUGUGACAUUUGCAGUGCUUGCUGAAGGACUAAUCAAACAUAAGUUUCAACAUGGUUCAUACUUGAGCUGGUCAGCAGAUGAUGCAUUAGAGUUGCUGGAGUAUUUUGCUGUUGGAGUCACUAUUGUAGUGGUUGCAGUUCCUGAAGGAUUGCCUUUAGCUGUAACCUUGAGCCUUGCUUUUGCCAUGAAAAAGAUGAUGAAUGACAGAGCACUGGUCCGCCAUCUUGCUGCUUGUGAAACUAUGGGUUCAGCUACAUCUAUUUGCAGUGACAAGACAGGUACACUGACAACCAAUCACAUGACUGUUGUGAAAGCUUGCAUAUGUGGGAAUAUCAAGGAGGUUAAUAAUCAUGAAGAAAUAAAACAUGUUUGCUCCCAGGUUCCAGAUGUUGCUCUAAAAGUACUCAUGCAAUCCAUCUUUUAUAACACUGGCGGUGAAGUUGUUAUCAACCAAGCUGGAAAACUUGAAAUACUUGGAACGCCAACUGAGACUGCUCUGUUGGAAUUUGGAUUGUUUCUAGGUGGGGAUUUCCAGGUUGCACGUCAGGAGACUAAGAUUGUCAAAGUGGAACCAUUUAAUUCUGAAAAGAAGAAAAUGGGAGUGGUUCUCCAGCUUCCAGGAGGAGGAUACAGAGCCCAUUGUAAAGGUGCUUCAGAAAUUAUAUUGGCUGCUUGUGAUAAGGUUUUAGAUUCUGCAGGUAACACUGUCCUGCUUGAUGAAUCAACAUUCAGUCAACUCAAGAGUACUAUAGAAAGUUUUGCCAGUGAGGCUCUCCGUACACUGUGCCUUGCUUACAUGGAAAUUGAGAAUGGUUUCACAGCUGAUGAACAAAUCCCUAUUAAUGGAUUCACUUGUAUUGGAAUUGUUGGCAUCAAAGAUCCUGUUCGUCCAGGUGUAAAAGAUUCGGUUGCAAUUUGCAGGUCUGCCGGAAUUACUGUGAGAAUGGUUACAGGGGAUAACAUAAACACUGCAAAGGCUAUUGCUCGAGAAUGUGGUAUUCUUACUGAUGAUGGGGUUGCUAUUGAAGGUCCAGACUUCAGGAGUAAGAGUCUGGAGGAAAUGAUGGAUUUAAUACCAAGACUUCAGGUGAUGGCUAGAUCUUCACCAAUGGAUAAACAUACCUUGGUGAAACAUCUGCGCACCAUGUUCAAUGAAGUUGUUGCUGUGACUGGUGAUGGCACAAACGACGCUCCAGCACUUCACGAGGCAGAUAUUGGGCUUGCAAUGGGAAUUGCAGGAACUGAGGUGGCUAAAGAAAGUGCUGAUGUUAUUAUUCUUGAUGACAACUUCUCAACUAUUGUAACUGUGGCAAAAUGGGGACGUUCAGUGUACAUAAACAUUCAAAAGUUUGUGCAGUUUCAGCUGACUGUUAAUGUUGUUGCUUUAAUUGUAAACUUCUCCUCAGCCUGCAUAACUGGACAUGCUCCGCUAACUGCCGUUCAACUGCUCUGGGUGAACAUGAUUAUGGAUACACUUGGGGCACUCGCAUUAGCCACUGAGCCACCAAAUGAUGAAUUGAUGAAAAGAUCUCCUGUUGGAAGAAAAGGCGGUUUUAUUAGUAACACAAUGUGGAGGAACAUCCUAGGACAAGCCUUGUACCAGUUCAUUGUGAUAUGGUAUCUCCAGAGAGAAGGGAAAGGGCUGUUUCAACUUGAGGGCCCUGAUUCUGAUCUUGCACUAAACACUCUUAUUUUCAAUUCCUUCGUCUUUUGUCAGGUAUUCAAUGAGAUCAGCUGCAGAGAAAUGGAAAAGAUCGAUGUGUUCCAUGGCAUAUUGGAGAAUUAUGUAUUCGUGGCUGUCAUCACCUGUACCAUCAUCUUCCAGUUCAUAAUCGUUCAGUUCCUUGGAGAAUUCGCGAACACCACUCCGUUGACUUUAUAUCAGUGGUUUGCCUGUCUGUUCAUUGGGUUUCUUGGUAUGCCUAUUUCUGCUGCCAUCAAGAUGGUUCCUGUGGGUUCCAAGUAAGGAAUCAGAGUCUUAGGAGAUUUCCCUAAUCAUCUAACAACAGAUUUUUGUGUGUCAAUAGCUAUCUCCAUGGAUUUUGUAAUGUUGUCGAUUGUAGAGGAUACCAUGGAGCCAGUUGCAAGAACAUUCUAUAAAAACAUAAGAAUAAUUUCAACUGUCUUUUCGAUGCUUUUGUUUUUUCUCUUAACCUUUAUGGCAGAGGCAACUGUUUUUAUUCAAAGUGCAAUUUGAUGUGAA